AUGGCAGGAAGUGGUCGUGGACGUGCACCGGGUGAGUAUAUCAGUUUACCUCCGAAUGCUGCUGCACAUGUCGAUGCCUAUUUUGAAUAUCGAGCAAUCGUGGGCGAUGAUGAUGGAGGCAAAUUGUUUACACCCGAAGAAUAUGAAGGGUAUAAGAAACGAGUCUUACCGAUGCGUUUACACAAUCGAUUGUUCGUUGCAUGGGUCAAUCCACAAGGAAUGGAUUGUAUUCUUAUAGGUCCGCAACAUAAGUGUCUCUGUCGACACAAAUUUACAGAGCACAAAACUGAUUUUCCCGAAAUUCCAAGAGAACGGCCUAUUCUAAUUUCAUGUCGUCAACCAGGUUGUCGUUGUGUAUCAUUCGAAUACGUUGCAAAUGCAUCUGGUACAAGUGACCCUAACUGUCGUUGUAAACAUUCACUUGAUACACACGGCACACGGCCACCUUACAAAUGUCAAAAAAAUUGUAAUUGUACGGGAUUCAGUGCGCCAUUUACAUGUACAUGUGGUGAAUCAGCCAAUAGACAUAUAACAUUAGUGGAAACGAAAGAAGAAAGAGAAAGACGCGGUCAUCCAACUGGUUAUGCUACACCCUAUAAAGCUAUGGGCGGUUUGACAGGCUUCAGUUCAUUAGCCGAAGGCUAUCUAAGACUUGAUCCAAGCGGUCGAGGUCGGCCGGAUGAUGAUUUUCUCAAUCAACCCAUCACAGCCAUGGAUCAUCCAAUUCUUCGUGCUCAUGCAUCUCUCGAUCCUAAUAGUGCGGAAGCACAAUCCCAAUUGCGUCGUCCUGGUGAAUCGGAACUUGAUUAUUAUGAACGCCGUUAUCAAGAACGACAACGUCUUUCCCGCGGUAUUCGUCCCGCACCUAAUCCGUACGAUACGAAUGCUCAGCAAACGACAGGCACUCGACAUGAUCGAUCCCCACCUCGUCGUAUAACUGGUGCUAAAAAAUAA